GCAAUCGUAAGAGUCCUUUGGAAGAAACCAGUGUGGAAAACUCAUGAUUCGUAUAGAAGAUGGCUUCGUUCUCUUCGUUCCACACAUGCAACUUUUGAAUACGGUAAAAUGGUACAACGGCUUGCAUUUAAACCAUACUCACGAUGUCGAGGCGAUAGGUAUCAACCCAGCGAACUUAAGUAUAUUGCCAGCCGUUGUCGGAAUGUAAAGCACAUUGAGUUUUAUUGUCUUCAUGGAACAUUUGAACCAAACAAUGUUAUAAGUUUUCUAAAAACUCUUCCUGAGUUGGUCUCUUUCUCCACGGACGCUUCUUGGCAACCGGCAUUGGAUGCAACGUUACGGCCAAUUGCUGAAGGGUCAUGCCCGAAAUUGACUCAUCUCGAAAUUCCGGGCAAUGGUGAGACUGAUCGGUGUUCCCAUCUACUCCAGCGAAUUGGCGAAAAUUGCCCAAGAAUUGUGAUGUUGAAAACUCGAUGGGAAAUUUUCGGAAGAAAAUUGGCACAAAUAAUUGUUAACUCGUUUCCUAAUCUGGAAACCCUGAUCUGUCGUAGCGUUAAUUAUGAGUGCCUCAGAAUACUUUUGUCAGGUUGUAGAAGACUUAGGAAUUUCGAUUUCAUUUUCUCCCUGGAAUUUAACGACGAAACAGCUUUAUCAGUUGCGCAUUUAUUCCCAACAUUGGAAGCAUUUAGUUUGAGAAUUUUUAGUAGGAACAAUUUUCCACAAUUCAUGUCUUCAUGGGCACAAAAUCAGACACAGUUGCGAGAGAUAAGCCUUUCUUUUGGUGAAAGUCUUUCAGAUGAUAGCUUCCUUCCAAUUACUCAAUACUGUCAUAAUCUAGAAUCUGUCACUUUGUUGUGGUGUAGUGGAUUCUCUGAUUUGGCUUUUGUGUCUCUUGCUCGUAAUAGAAACUCAGGGCUUAAGCGUCUGCAUUUCUAUCAUGUGAAAGACCUGACCGAUGUUGGAUUAACUGCGAUCGCGAAUCACUGUCCUAAAUUGCAAGAACUUCAUUUGAUACAUUGUGAGAGCCUAACACAAGCAUCUUUAGUAAAAAUAGCCAGGGAUUGCAAGAAUUUAGUUACCUUUACUGCAGAAUUUUGCUCUAGACGUUACAAUUGGCAGAUGACAGCAGCAUUUCUCUUCACUCUGGCUAAUCGUAACCGUGGUACGCUCGAGGUCUUAAAGUUUCAUGAUCGCAAUACGUGUAUAACCGAGAUAGAAUCGCACGAUAAAUAUCGAUUUGAUAGUCUGCUAUUGGAUCGUCUAGCAUUGCGUUGUCCAAAGUUAAAAAGGCUGGAGUUGUAUACAUAUCAUCAAGAAUCAAAUGCAAAUGUAG